CAGUCAGUCAAGUCAGACUCUGCUUCACCCACUUCAAUCGUCUGGCUUGUUUAGCUUGUUCUUUCGAACAAAAAAUAAUUAUAUAGAAAAUGGAAGGUUCCAUUUGCAACAUCCAGGUGCUUCUUCGUGCCGCCGAGUUCUUGGAGAGGAAAGAGCGAGAGGCAGAACAUGGCUACGCUUCACUGCUGCCUCCCAGUCCAGGUCUGUCUGAUAAGAGAAGCAAACAGAAGAGCAAGAAGAUAUCUGCUGGUGGCAAUAGGUCUGUGCACAACGAGCUGGAGAAAAACAGACGAGCGCAGCUGAGACAGUGCCUGGAGCAGCUAAAGAAGCAAGUUCCCCUGUCGUCUGACACGAUGAGGAACACCACGCUCAACCUGCUCCGACGAGCCCAGCUUCACAUCAAGAAGCUGCAGGAGCAGGACGAGCAUGCGGAGCAGCUGAAGGGUCGUCUGCGCUGGGAACAGAGGGAGCUGCAGGUGCGUCUGGAGCAGCUGCAGAGAGGGACGGAGCGGAUGAGGAACGACAGCCAGGGGUCCACCAUGUCAUCAGAAAGGUCUGACUCGGACAGAGAGGAUGUAGAGGUGGAUGUGGAAAGCAUCGUGUUUGACUGCAUGGACUCUGACGGCCUGCACUAUACACACAGUGAUGCAGAUCACUGUUACUCCAGUAUGGACAAAGCCUGGCUAUGACAGCAGCCAGGGAGCGGUCCUUUAUCAGUGUCAUCGCCGAGGGGGGCAGGUGAAAACAUUCCAAAAAUGAGCAGGGUGAGGAGGAUGAUACUGCACAACUGAACCCCAUGUUUUACAAAGGCAGUUAAAAAAAACAACAAAAAAAACAUGAUGUUACACGAGUGUAAUCAUGAGUGAGCUGUGUCGAUUUGCACUGAAAAGCAGUUCAAAUCACUGGGCUGGGAUGGAACAAACAUAUCCAAAGCCACUUACAAUCAAUCAUUUUGUAAGGGAUUUUACAAAUCAAUACAGCUUUGUUUUGUUUUACUUCAUUACCUUCACUGACUUUAGCCUUUGGACUAGAUUUGAUGUACUUUUCUGUUCAGCUUCUCCUAAGCAUUACAACUCAGUAAGGCCAUGUGUGGCAUGCACUUAAAACAUUAAUCUCUGCUAUGGUUUAUAUACACACACACACACACACACACACCUGCUAGUGUCUUUGGGUCUUUCUUUUUCUUUUGUUGCACAAAAUCAUCCACACAUUGCACUUGUUUUGUCUCCAAAGAGUUGCAGAUAUAGCCAUGUGGAAAAACAGGUUGAGAGGAACGAUUUAAUGGCAUUUGCACAUACAUGCCUGCCAAUUAGGCAACUUGACCUGAUAUUCAUUUGGUGUUUUUGCACACUCUUUUCUGUAAUUUGGCGAUGUGUGAUGGCUGGUGGAUGGAGAGCAUCAAUUCUUGCACAUCCAAGGUUUUUUUUGUUACUAAUAUUUCUUUACAAGUUUAUGGAUCAGACAUGUUUUUACAUUUGCUGUAUUACAAAUAUGUAUCAUGUUGCUCUAUAUUUAAUAACAGGAGGCACAUUUUGCCCUCACUUUUGAAUUAUGCAAGAUGCCUUAUUACUUUUUAAUAGUAUAUGCAUUCUUCAGUCUCUCCGCCCAGUAAUAUUAUGUAGCAAUUUUUGUAAUGGUGUAAGCUUUUUUAUGAAUAAAUAUUUUCUAUAUUUAA